AUGGAUAUACGCGAUUACAGUGCUGCUUUUUAUGUUGUAUGCUCGACAUUUUGCUCCUUGUUAGGCAAAGUUAUCGUCACAAGGUUUUUCUUUGAUUAUCCCACCGUCAUUCUGCUUCUGCAAAAUGCAACAUCACUCUUUAUAAUCGAAGUCUUAAGAAUCAUUAAUGUAUUGAAAAUAUCUCCUUAUUCAUUUGAUCGUGGCAGACAUGUUAUGUUACCAUCAAUGCUCCUCUGCUUCUCCCAGUGGAUAACUGUCUGUUCAUUUGAAGGCAUUGGACUACCUGUAUUUGACUCCAUGAAAAGACUCACUGCUCCUUUAAUCAUUAUUGUCUCUAUAUUCAUUCAUAAACAAUCCCGGUACGACAAGCAUCAAGUUGCUGCUGUUGUAGCUUUAUCACUCAUAUCGUUCAUCACAGUUAAUUUGGAAAUGUCAUUGGACCGUUACUCUUUCAUGUACGGGAUCAUUGCCGCACUCUUCCAGGCAAUAGCAUACGUUCAUUUUGAGAGAUUAUCUCAGAACUUCGAGGCAUCUGAACUUGUCUACUUACAUUGCUUCAACUCAUUAGUCGUUUACUUGAUUGCUGACAUCGUACAAGAUGAGAUCCGUGAUUCUUUCAUGUUCAUGAUGACAUCCGCUCACCCUCUGUUCUCCGGCGUUUUUUUGAUUCUACUUUUUUCAUCCCUUCCUCUACAUUAUGCCACCUUCUACACUAUCCAACACUUAGGAGCCCUUAACACACAAGUUAUUAGUAAUAUUCGUGCUGCCUUCCAGAUCUUGAUCGCAUACGCCUUCUCCAUCUACAUGUUCUAUGGUGUUGGCUUCGGAAUCAUGAACUACCUUGGACUUCUUGCGAUUAUCCCAACAGCAUACUAUUGCUUUUUGACUUUUAGAAAUGAUACAUCUUUAAAAAUGCCCUGGGCAACUAAGGCUUGA